CCUUCUCUCCCAGCCUCUGCUGAACCACUCACGGCUCCCAGCGCGGCUCAGCUCACCUCGGCCUGGAAGCCCGCCCCGGCGCCCCAGCAGGGCCAGCACCUCGGCUGUUCGGCCCAAAGGCCGGGUGCUUCCCUAGGCACCUGCUGGAGAAGGCUAGUCUGUCUGCCUAUCUUUCAGAUCCGCCUGGGGGUUCCGCCAGCUUGGGCAUCCAGCCCGCUCCUCGGCCUCCGGGGGGACCCAACUCCGCGCAGCCUGCCAGGACCACAAGCGACAUGCGAAGGCUCCUGCUUUCCCGCGCGCUGGCCCAGCUCGAGUUAUGCCCUGGUGAAGGACCCCAGGGCCCCAGGCCCAACAUUAGGAAAUCUAACCCCCGUGCCCUGAAGCUGCAAGAAGUUCUCUUACCCAACCCCCAUGUCAAAACCCCACCAGCUGCACGUAGCAUUUCAAGUCUUGCACAAUGCCACCACAAGAUGUUCCAUAUAGAUAACCCCGGAGGGGCCAAACUUGAGCAAACAGGGUAAAAACAGGAACUGAAAGGACAGGAUGCAAUUUUAGGGUUUUUCCGGGAACAAAAAGUUGAAAAACAAGUUUACCCCCUAGGUGACCCAACUGCUGGAUUCAGAGGAACCAAUAGAAAGGCUGUUGCUGUGCUAAGCUAAGAACUAACCCACCUGCUCCCUAUAAAAGAUCUGUACCCCAAAGCCCGGUGUGCCAGUUCACCGAAGCUCCGGCUGAGGUUACGCUGCGCACCCGCAGGCGCCUGUGUGAGAAUAAACGCCUCCUGCUUUUUGCAGCCAGUGUCUCGUGUGGUUCAUUCCGGGUUUGGGAUCUGUGGAUCUUUCACUGGGACGGGGCUCUGCAGAGGCGCCCCGGGUGCACCCCAACGUUAGGGGGCGCGAACGCGGCUUCUGCAGCAUUGCAGCCGGCGAAGAGAAGAAAAGUCCGGUCCAGGGGGACCGCAGAGUUCUCCGCGGGGGAGUGGGAGGGACGCUCUCCUUCCCUCCCUAGACGCAGGGAUCCAGGACCAACGCCCGCGGGCAAGGCAGGGGGCUGCGGAGAGGUGCGGCGGCGACACCCAUCGGGUCAGCUGCCCCAAGCCACACUGGUGGUGUGGGCUGGCCGGUAGGGAGACCCUAAGGUAGGACUCGGUACAACGCCCCCAAAGAGCCCAAGGUUUGGGGUGCGGAGGAAGGUGGUGCGACCCUCUGUCCCCGCCCCGGAGGCGGAGCUAAGGCCCGAGCCGGUGGAGAUUGAGACCCGCGGAAAUCCUCCUGGAGCUCCCACCCCACCUCCAGCAGCCCGCACUCGGGUUCGGGGACAACGGCCCCCAGUCCCCGCGGCCUCCGGCCUCCGGCCCCGCAUAGGAGCGGGUGCAGCCUCCCCUCUGCGCUCCCAUCCCGGUGCAUUCCGUUGCCAAGGCCAUGGCGCGAGGAGACGCUCCGCAGGACAGCUACCACCUGGUCGGGAUCAGCUUCUUCAUCCUGGGGCUGGGCACCCUCCUUCCCUGGAACUUCUUCAUCACCGCCAUCCCGUACUUUCAGGGGCGGCUGGCAGGGGCCAACAGCACAGCUGGGACCCUGAGCACCAACCACACUGGCCCCACAGACACCUUCAACUUCAACAACUGGGUGACGCUGCUGUCCCAGCUGCCUCUGCUGCUCUUCACACUCCUCAACUCCUUCCUGUAUCAGUGCAUUCCUGAGGCGGUACGCAUUCUGGGCAGCCUGCUGGGCAUCCUGCUGCUCUUCGCCCUGACAGCAGCGUUGGUGAAGGUGGACAUGAGCCCUGGGCCCUUUUUCUCCAUCACCAUGGUCUCUGUCUGGUUCAUCAACUCCUUUUGUGCAGUUCUGCAGGGAAGCCUCUUCGGGCAGCUGGGCACCAUGCCAUCCACCUACAGCACCCUCUUCCUCAGCGGCCAGGGCCUGGCUGGGAUCUUCGCUGCCCUUGCCAUGCUUAUGUCCAUGGCCAGUGGUGUGGAUGCCCAGACCUCUGCCCUGGGAUAUUUCAUCACACCCUGUGUGGGCAUCCUCAUGUCCAUCGUGUGUUACCUGAGCCUACCACACCUGGAGUUUGCCCGCUACUACCUGGCCAAGAAGCCCUCACGGUCCCCAACUCACGAGCUAGAGACCAAAGCUGAGCUCCUCCAGGCUGAUGAGAAGAAUGGGAUUCCCAACAGCCCCCAGGUGGCAACUCUGACUCUAGAUCUUGACCCUGAGAAGGAGCCCGAGCUGGAACCAGAGCUAGAUGAGCCCCAGAAGCUAGAAAAACCUUCAGUCUUCAUUGUCUUCCAGAAGAUCUGGCUGACGGCGCUGUGCCUUGUGUUGGUCUUCACAGUCACUCUGUCGGUCUUCCCUGCCAUCACAGCCAUGGUGACCAGCUCCACCAGUCCUGGGAAAUGGAGUCAGUUCUUCAACCCUAUCUGCUGCUUCCUGCUCUUCAACGUCAUGGACUGGCUGGGGCGGAGCUUGACCUCAUACUUCCUGUGGCCAGAUGAGGACAGCCGGCUGCUGCCCCUGCUGGUGUGCCUGCGCUUCCUGUUCGUGCCACUCUUCAUGCUGUGCCACGUGCCUGAGCGGGCCCGGCUGCCCAUCCUCUUCCCUCAGGACGCCUACUUCAUCACCUUCAUGCUGCUCUUCGCCGUUUCCAAUGGCUACCUGGUGUCCCUCACCAUGUGCCUGGCGCCUAGGCAGGUGUUGCCACAUGAGAGGGAGGUGGCUGGCGCCCUCAUGACCUUCUUCCUGGCCCUGGGACUCUCCUGCGGAGCCUCCCUCUCCUUCCUCUUCAAGGCACUGCUCUGAAAGGCCCGUCAGGGCUCCUGGCAGCCCUCUUCUCAGCACAUCUCUGGGAGCUGAGACCCAGCCCAGAAGGGAUGACAGGCUGGGCUCAGGCCUCUGCUGGGCAGGCUCUUGGCUGCAGGUGCAGGAGGCAGCAGAAGCCACUCUCCAUCCCUGGCUGCUGGCUACUUGGGGUUCUGCAAGAAAGAAUCCACCACCGAUCAUUCUACACCUCACAGAGAACGGACUUCAUCUAGACACACAGAAGACCACAUUGAGAAGAUGGCAAUCAAGGAAAAGAGGGUGAAGACCAAGGUCCUCCCCCACCAUCAAGACUGCAUCUGUUAAUCAAGAACUCACACCUGCUGACCCCGGAGCAGAACUGCCAGCAGGCCUGGCUGCAGGUGCAGCUGAUGCAGCCUGGACCUCCAAUCAAAGUGGGAGGUGGGGCCAACCCAGAGCAGGGGCUCUUCCUUGUCCUGGGCCCCAGCCACCCAAUAGUCCUCUCUCCCACGCAGGGCAAAAGGUGCCAGGGAAGUUGAAGGGAGCAUGAAGGAAGAGGUGCUGAGUGAGGAUCUGAGGGUACUCAAAGGACCCGGCUCUGAGCCUCAGUGGUUUUUUGUUGUUGUUGUUUUUGUUUUGUUUUUUCUUUUUGGUACCAGGGAUUGAACUCAGGGGCACUCAGCCACUGAGCCACAUCCCCAGCCCUAUUUUGUAUUUUAUUUAUUUAGAGACAGGGUCUCACUGAGUUGCUUAGCACCUUGCUUUUUGCUGAGGCUGGCUUUGAACUCACAAUCCUCCUGCCUCAGCCUCCCGAGCCACUAGAAUUACAGGUGGGUGCCACCGUACCUGGUCCUCAGUGUUUUUGUUUUGUACUGGGGAUUAAACUCAGAGACAUCAUUGAACUACGUCCCCAGCCGUUUUUAUUUUUUAUUUUGAAACAGGGUCUUGUUAAGUUGCUGAGGGUCCUCCUGCCUCAGGCUCCCAAGUUGCUGGGAUUACAGGUUUGCGCCACCAUGCCCAGUUAAUACAGUAUUUUUCUUGGCCAACAUUUACUAUCCCCACUUCCCAGAACCCAACCGGGCCUGGCUUCAAGAAGAGCAGUUAGCCUGCUUGCAUACAGUGGGCUUUCCAUUGUGAAGAGCUCUUCCACACCCACUCCUUCACUAAGCCUCAUUAAAGCCCUUGGAAGGAACUGGCCAGGGACUAUGUCUCCCUUACUGUACAGGUGAGGAAACCAAGUCCCAUGGGGAAGUGACCGGCCCAUGGUAGAGCUGGGACACAGCCCCCAUCUCCCUCCUCCAUGAAGGUGCUGUCCCUCCUGCCCACCACGUGCUUCUUUUCCUCAAGGGACUUGGGACAGGAGCCCUAAGCACAUACUCUGGCUUUUGCCCUGUUUCUCCCUCUGCCCCGGGCUCCUGGGUCUAAUUACAACCUGUUCAUUUGUA